AUGGGAUCAACAUCCCAAGAUGUAAAAAUUGUGAUGCUCCCUCCACCAGGUGAGAUCGUGGCUCCUCAUGGCUUCCCGGCCAACCCACGGCCAGAGGGCGCGCCUCAAGUCUUCCUGGACGCCAUGGAGGUCCGUAUCAAGGUCUUUUGUGAAGAGCAAAAUUGCGCAUUGGAGCCGGAGUUGGACGAGGACGACCUACGAUCCUGGCACUGGGUGGCAUAUCAAGACGGCCAGCCUGUUUCGGUCAUUCGUAUUGUACCGCCACCUCAUGGACCGCACCCCAACGGAUUCCAUGACCCUUCUGAAGAGCCGUACGUCAAACUUGGCCGCGUUGCAACUAUGAAAAAUGCCAGAGGGAAGGGCCUCAGUCGGAUGUUGACUGAUGCCGCUUUCCGGUAUCAUGCUGCGCACAAGGAAGAAAUUGACCCUGGGUGGAACGGCCUGGUGCUUUGCCAUGCUCAAGUCGACGUCGAGAAGAUGUAUUCGAAGUUGGGGUUUGUUACUGAUCCACGAUUGGGACGGUGGGACGAAGAGGGGAUUGAGCAUUUGGGAAUGUGGAAACGGUUGAGUUGA